GUUUCAUUUCUUGCUCUCGCGGGGAAUGAGGUGUCUGUUCUGAGUUAUUUUGUCUAGACCGGUUGUUUGUCUAGCCGUGUGUCAAACUUAGUGCAAGUUUUAAAUAAAUAUAAAACUUAAACAUUUAAUUAAUUUUUAAACAAUUUCGAAAAAAGUGAAUAAUAAUAAUAAGAACAAUGCGAAUACGGCAAAAUUUCUUACCUCGAAAUAUGAUCGAUUGGUUGUGUUUCCUAUUGAUCAAUGUUUUUGUACCGAUUGUUUUCGUCUACGAAUUAGCGGUAAUUUUACCGGAAUUCCAUGAACCUGGUAGUCCUAUGUAUUGCAUUACGAUUGUACUUGCAAUAAUUUUGAUUUUCGAAAUUAUGGGAAAUUACACGGCAUGUCUUGUUGUCGAUACAAGUGUCGAUUUUGAAAACCUUGUAGUUCCACGCCUAAGUAAGGCUGAAUUGGAGGAACUGGGUUGGCAUCACUGCGAAAAGUGUGACAAGUUGGCACCACCACGCAGCUGGCAUUGCGAGGCCUGUGAGGUGUGCAUUUUAAAACGCGAUCAUCAUUGCAUUUUUACCGGAUGUUGUAUAGGACAGGAGAAUCAUCGUUAUUUCGUGGUAUUCAUCAUAUAUUUGCUUAUCGGUUCUCUGUACGCCUUUGUCUACAACUCAUUGUACUUAUUCGUAUUACACCAUGGAAUCUUUUUCCAUUUGGUAACCGUUGUGAAAAUUGUCUGUCCCAUGUUGAUGCUGCUCAGUGACAAACUAUUUGAUAAUAUGAGCUUGAUGUUCUAUAAUCUAAAUAUUUUGGCCGUUGCCUACAGUUUCAUAAUGUCGGUCUAUCAUGCUCCAAGUGUUUUCUGUGGUGGUGUUUGUUAUGAAAGAGCUUUCGGUUUCCCCUACAAUAAGGGAUCAUGGAAGAAAAAUGUCGAGGCAGUUCUGGGUAAAAACAUGUACUUAGUUUGGCUUUCACCCAUAAUAAAAAGUCCACUACCAGAUGAUGGUAUUAAUUGGGUAAAAAUGGCUGACAAAACUGCCCAGAAGAAGGCAGUAAUAACGGCUGAUAAUACAGCCGCUGAGAAGGUCAUAAAAACGGCUGACAAAACAGCCGAUAAGAAGACAAAAUAAUUCAAUAUUUUGCAAUUUUAAAAUUUUAAAUAAUUGGCCAAUUCAUAAAAUAUAUAUGUAUGUCUGUCUGUAUUAAUUUAUUUAUAUAUUAUGUGUGUUUUUAAUUUUAAGAUGGUAUUAAUAAUUUUAUCAAAAACUAUUGUAACUUUUGAAGGCUUAAGUCUUAGAAUUUUUAUUAAGACAUUUCUCUUAUAACAAAAUUCUUUAGGCCUAAAUGAAGAGAUCUCAUGACCAGUUUAAAUAUUAACAUUUAUUAUUAAUUAUCCUUUAAAAUAUCAAUGUCUUAGUUCAGUACUUUUUAGCUCAUGUAAGUUCAAACUCAUAUUUAUCAUAAAAACCUAACGAUUCCUAUAGGUAGGAACCCCAUCAUUUCAAAAGUAUCAUUAUCUUAUAAAUGUGCCAAAUUUACAUUUAUUAUUAAAUUAGUCAUUUGAUAUACAUGUGUAUGUAUAUUUUAAGACCCAAACCCUUUAAAUCCAAUGGACCGUUUCUAUACUAUACUACAAAGGCACAAAAUGGUACUUGAAUUUUAAAAAUAUUUAACUUUUUUUAAAAUUUAAUCAUCAUUUUGUCCCUUAGGGUAAAAUCGGCCCUUUAUUUAUUAAUAAUUUAUUGAGAUUUUAAAAUAUUUAUUUUACUCUAUGUCUAAAUGUCUAAAUGUAUUUUCCUAAUAUUAUAUGUUUUAAAUAUAAAUGAUCUAUAUGUAUGUAUAAUGCUAUGUGUGCACGGUUGUUAGAUCUUACAACGUUGGCAGUAAAAUGUGUAGAAAAU